AUGAAUCGUCUUGUCGUCCGGACCCGAGGCUUAUUACGUAAUCUAGUGAAUCUCGAAAGUAGCCUACAACCUUCCAUCAGAGGUCGUCCUUACUUCGCUUUUGUGACGUCAGUUUCUGGGUUCGACAAUAAACACACUUACUACAAGACACAAAUUCGUCCAAGAUGGACAUACGGAGAUGAUGCCUGCUUCGUUUCUAUAACUGAGGCCUCCUGUGUGUUAGGUGUUGCUGAUGGCGUGGGUGGCUGGCGCUCCUAUGGCGUUGAUCCGAGCAAUUUUUCCAAGAAAUUCAUGUCAGCUUGCGAGCGGCUUGCCAGAUCCGGACGUUUUCAACCCGAUGAGCCCAUGCUUCUCGUCACAGAAGGCUACCACGAAGUCCUGGAAGCGAAGACGCCUCUACUGGGCAGCGCCACCUUUUGUAUAAUCUCCCUUUGCCGGAGUGACGGGCGUCUGUACACAGUCUGCCUCGGUGACUCCGGUUACCUAAUAAUCCGGCGUGGGGGCAUCCUCCAGCGGUCUGCCCACCAAAAGCACGCCUUAAACACGCCCUUUCAACUUGCUUGCCUGCCACCCAAUGAACACGGGCACUUCCAUCGAGAUGGCCCCGAGCAAGCAAUUCAAAGUUCUGUGAAACUGGAACCCGGCGAUAUAGUGGUCGUAGGAACAGAUGGACUUUUUGACAACCUGACAGAUUCAAUGAUCCUUCAAGAAGUCCAACCCCUAGAGGGCGUUAAAUGUACAUCAGAAUCGGACGACCUCCUGGAUUUGUGCGCAACGCGUUUGGUCAAUUGUGCUAGGCACGCGGCCGAAAAUCCCAACUUUGUCUCCCCGUUCGCUAACGAGGCUCGGCAAUACGGUCUUAACAUUGCGGGUAUGUUGUGCUCCAUAACUCUCAUCAUUCCGUUUUCUUCCCUCUGCCAAUCGUACAGGCUUUAUUCGUCUUCUUACUUUUCCCAAUCUUGUCAUUGCUGCCUUCAUCUGCUAGAUCGUCACGCCUGCUACUGUUCGUAUCAUCCAUUAAUCAUCUUAUCAAGCCUGUUGGGCUCCUUCAGCGUUGUUCCAUGUUGCCAACAAUUAGCAUUAGUUGUUAAACAGCAUUAA